AUGGCAGACUCGUCGAAAACCCAACGUGCGGAGGAGCUGGUGGCUCAGGCCAGAACUUGCAUCGAGCAACGCCAACUCCAGAAAGCAACCCAGCUAGCCAAGGAAGCAGCCUCUCUAGCACCCACCAACAAAGACGUCCAAGCCUUGGUACAAUCUCUGUCACAAGCGGACUCGGAUGGAAGCCAGAUUCUGUCUCUGGUCAAAAGCUACGUGGAACAUGGAGAUCAGAAGGACGGUCAAGAAGCUGUCAACUUGCUGAAGCAGCAUACUGCUGUACCCACCGACCACAUUAACGAUGUCGCUCACUUGCUCUUCGACCAUGAUGGAAAGCCCACACAAAUUAGAGAUGAACUGACAGGAGCUUUUGUCAUCAACUCGGCAGCAGCACGCAAACAACUUGCCAACAGAAUCCAAGUCGGCACAGAAGCAACCAGAUACUUUCGCUUACUCUGGAGACGCGGCGAACACAGUUUCAACAGCAUCUUACCGGUUCUUUUGGAUGCGGAAGCUUGGCCCAGUGCAGAAGUCCAGACACAGGCAAAGCGAGAUGCCUUCCUGCUUGCUCUGGGAAAACUCCUGGAUCCGGCUUUGGAGCAUGGCGAGUGGAGUAUGACCUUGAUUGCCAGAUUGCUCACUAGCAAUGCGCAAGACAUGGCAGGGCUCAUCGAUCGCGACGCUUUUGAGAUUGUACUUUCGCAGCUUGAUAUUCGUCUUGAUACCAAGAUCAGAGCACAGGCAACCUUGGCUGUUGCCAAACUGCUUGAGGAAACCCGUGAGGAGGGCGAAGCCAUCUUUACGGAUUACAUUACCAAUGGCGUCGCCAAAGGACAUAACGACGAACUGAUUGUGGCCUUUUCAGCAGCAGCUUCGGUCUUCCCGUUAGUGCCACAGACUGUGGCUAAGUUGUUCCUCACACCGGGAUUCCUGGAAGGCUUGGUACCUGUGCUCGAGAAGAACUCGAUGGGACAAAGAAAAUCACAUCGCCUCGAACAAGCAGCCAUGGAGUUGAUGAGUGCAGCAUGUGUAGACAAGGCAUGCAGGGAGAGUAUCUCCAAAGUCGCAUAUGACUGGCUUGAUGAUGUGGCACAUACGAGUACAGAGUCAGCAGCCGCGAGUAUGGCUGCAUUGGUGCUAGCCAAGAUUCCACCCAAGCCCGAGUCCGAAGAGUCUUCUAUAACACACGCUGACGACCUUUCCUCUCUCUUGGUAAACCUUACGAUGAACGCCAACAACCCCUUAGAACAACAGAGCUCGAUAGAGGGUCUUGCAUACACAUCGCUCCAGCCCAAGAUCAAGAUGGAAAUAGUGUCCAACUCCGCACUACUCAACAAGCUGAUCGAACGCCUCAAGUCGACAACAACAGCCGACCCCUGCACUUUUGGCAUCUUGACCAUCUUUUCCAACCUGGUCUCUUAUCGCCCACCACAAAGUGAAGAACAACAAAAGAUGUCGCAGCUGAAGAACUACGCCGAAGCCAAGAAGCCCGAGGANAAAGACCCUCUGGACGAUGACAAGCACGUCACAGCACGCUGCAAAACAGUGCUGGACGCAGACCUCGUACCCGUCCUCGUAGCAGCGGCUAGAAGCCACUACACCGUCACAAUCCUAGGCAUAGCCGCAAAAAUCCUGCACGCCCUCGCACGCGAGCAAAAACAUCGCGGCAAACUAGCCCAACAAGGCGCAGUAAAGCUGCUUCUCCAAACCAUCGACCGUCUCCAAACACCCACAGGACCUGCUUCUUCCUCUGACUCUGCACAAGCAGCUAUUCACCUAGCCGCACACGCACUAGCCCGUAUCUUGAUCUCUGUAGACCCAAACCACGUCUUCAGCAGAGCCAUGCCCGCCAUCUCCGCUUUACGACCUCUAACCCUCCUCCUCACUCCCUCCACCACCUCCGAAACCCGCGACCUACUUCCAGUGUUUGAAUCCCUUCUCGCACUCACAAACCUCGCCUCCCUCGAAGACGAAACCGUNAAAGAUGCACUGCUCCGCCAAGCCUGGGACCCUACCCAAGACCUGCUUCUCUCUUCCAACAAACUCGUGACUCGCGCAUCUGUAGAACUAGUCUGCAAUCUCAUGGCCUCUCCCGCCGGAGUCGCAAAAUACGCAGACGGCAGUGCGGCCGCAAAACAACGAUUACACAUCCUAUUAGCGCUGGCAGAUGCAGAAGACGAUGCCACACGUCGCGCUGCAGGAGGUGCACUAGCCAUGCUAACAGAGUGGGAUCAAGCUGCAAACGCAGUCCUUGAACACGAUCGCGGUGUGCAGAUUUUGUUGGAUUUGUGUGCUGAUGACAGUGAUGAUGUUAAACAUAGGGGCUUGGUGUGUGUGCUUAAUGUCAUUUCUGCGCCGGGAGAUAUUGGAACCAAGGGUUUGGAGAAAGUGGUUCAGCAGGAUGGACUGGAAGAGAUUAAGGAUUCGUUGAGGGAGUGUAGGGAUGCGAAUGUCAUGGCUGUUGGCGUUGAGGUUCUUAAAGCUAUCAUGGCUAAGGAUAGUGGCAAGGGCAAAGCUAUUACGCAGGGAUGA